GUGAACUCUACGAUGACGUCACGCUAAAUUUACUCUCACGAAUUCUGCUGCAAUCGGCACAAUCUUGUAUUCUAUCAUUCUUGGUGUCGAUGGUAUUGGUUUUCAUACACAAACCAUCGAUAUAUCGAUAAUAUCGUCGAUAUUUUUCCAUUUCUAUUAAUUUGCAUAUUUACAUUUUCUUAAACUAAAGGGAUCUCAAUUUUAGUGUGAUAAAAAUGUCGUCCGAAAAAGAUAAGGAAAAGAACGCUAAAGGAGAUUUGGGGCUUUUGGAGGAAGAUGAUGAAUUUGAAGAGUUCCCAGCUGAAGAUUUUAAUAUUGCUGAUGAUGACCAAGACGAGAUCAACGUGUGGGAAGAUAAUUGGGAUGAUGACAAUGUCGAAGACGACUUUGAUCAACAACUGAAAGUACAUUUAGAAAAACAGGCUAUGGAAACGUGAACUGCCUAUUUUAGCAAUGUAAAAGAUCAAUGAUGCAAGCAAAUAUAGGCCGUAACGUCGUACAUAGAUGGUAAAAAUAUUGGAAGUUCGUAUGUGUUUCAUUUAAAUAAAUAGGCUGUAUUUUGUUGCUCCGUCCAACAAAAUAGUAUGAACGUGUUAAUUCAUUAAAACCCUGACCAGUAAAUGAAAUAAACGGGAAAAUUUUCCAAUAAUGGAUCUGUUGCGAAACUUUAGCGACAGUUCUCGAGGAAAUAAAAAUUGAA